UUGGCGAUGAACAUGUGUCCACGCCAUAAUCCACACCACACAGCUCUAUAUUUCCUUGGCCAUUCCUUGCAUGAAUUCUAAACGCCAUCAGAAUUUAAUUGUCUUCCUUGACCGAACCAUUUAUCCUCGUCUUAUUGUUUACCUCCCUCAUCUGUUUGUUUUCCCAAGGGGAAAGAAAGGAAAGCCCCGAUAGUUGCUUUUUAUUCUUUGAAUCUGCCUGCAACUUGCCGGGGAUGUUGAUAAUCGGAGAAAAAUGGUUCAAGUCAAGGAAUACCGAAUUGUGAUGCCUAUGUCCUUAGAAGAGUAUCGAGUAGCUCAAACGUAUAUGGUGUUGAAGAUGCAGCAGCAGAGUACAAAUGAGGCUGAAGGCGUUGAAAUCAUGGAGAAUAGACCUUUCGAAAAUGAUGUAUAUGGAAAAGGUCAAUACACAUCCAAACUAUACCGUUUGCAAAGCAAAGCACCUUCUUGGCUUACAACUAUAGCACCGAAAGAGGCUCUCGUCAUGCAAGAGGAAUCUUGGAAUGCAUUCCCAAGAUGUAAAACAGUGAUCAAGUGCCCUUAUUUUACCAAGCUUUGUGUCACAAUUGAAACUGUCCAUCUGGAAGACAAUGGCAAAUCCAUAAACGUGCACGGUUUAAAUAAAGAACAACUGAAAGCUAGACAGGUAGAAUUCAUUGAUAUCACUUUGCCAACAACAGAUUACUGGAGUUAUGCAGUUGGAAGUAGCGAUUUUGACUUUACUAAAUUCAAAUCUGAAAAAACCGGCCGUGGUCCACUUUUGGAAGGGUGGCAGGACAAAUGCGAUACGGUAAUGACAGCAUAUAAAUUGGUUACAAUAAAUGUACCAUAUUGGGGUUUUGGUAGUAAACUUGAGCAAGCUUUGCUAGCGGGUGAAAGAGCUCUCUUCGUGGAAAGUCACCGGAAUUGUUUUGCUUGGAUUGAUGAAUGGUUUGGGAUGACAAUGGAACAAUUAACUGAACUUGAAGAAGAAGGUGAUUGCUUACUAAAUCAGAAAUUUAGCUAACCGAUUUUCCUGAUAGACGCCGAGAAUUGCGAGUUGAGAUUUCCCGAUUACAACAAAACUCAUUCACAGCAAGUGGUGAAGACAUGAUACCGUAUUCUUUUUUUUUUUUGAGGCAGAAACAUCAACCAUAUAGACACAUAACUGGGGUUCUUGCAUUGUAAAUAAACAUUGAACUUCAUUGUUUACAUUUUCUCAAAGUUUUAAACUAGAUUUUGCAGAAAUAUAUGUUUUAUUCAAUGUUCUUGUUAUCAUAGAAAUUAUACUAAUUUUAAUUAUAUUUAUCAAAAACUGUAAAAACCCAUUGCCUUGUU